CGAGUAAAUCAACAUGACAAAAUAAGCAAAAAAAACAAUUACAAACCCAUUGUUGACGUUCUCCUCUAGGAAAGAAAAAACUAUGAUUUGACGCAUUAACGUAUGAGCUGUCAGUCAGUGCGAGUUUGGGGGGAGGUAAACAAGAUGGCGACAACCUGAGUGGCAAGAGUAGCACGAAGAGUCAGAAAAUUUAACUGAUACCUUGCCAGACCUUAUCAAAACAUUUCUUUCACCACGGACCGCAACACGAGGAGGAAUUGCAACCUGCAACGAAAACGGGAUUCACGAGGAUUUAGGCACCGGGCUGUAGGGACCGUUGUGGCAUGGAGGACACUUGAGGACGGCUUGACACAUCGGCUGGUUCAGUCAGUCGCCUCCCAGGAGCCGGGCUGACACCACAGAUUCGACUGAUACUGCUGCAUACUGUUUGGCUGUAGACCUGCGCUUGGAUUCAGUCCAGCCGUGCACGUAUAUGUGUCGCGAGGAAAACUAUACUAUGCACCAUGAAGCUUCGAUAGAUUUGCUGUCCUGCACAGCCUUGAAGAAAGACGUUUCUCCUCUUUCUAAAGCUGCAUUCAUAUAGAGGAGGGUGACAACAAGAAGAGAAGAAUUACAUUUUAGACUUACUAUCUUCCUCACUCGUGUUCAACUGCACUAUUAGUACAUGAUGUGUAGUGUAAAGCACUAACUCAACAGGACCUGACUCAUCUCUGUCUGCACCGCACAGUCCUAAUGUUUACAAAUUGGGAUUGAUCCCCCACCUCCCCCCUUAACUCUCAGGCAUGACCGCCCCCUCUUUCAUGUUAAGUAUUUUGUAAUUGGUCUGCAUUCCAUCAUUUGGAAUCAAAACACUCACUAACUGAAAGGUUGCUGCUGGAUUACUCUCCAGCAGCAGUCAUAGCUAUUUGCAAAAAAAUUUAAUCUGUAGCUGUUGAACUGUCAAUCAUGAGUGCCGGGGAGCUGCAUCAUCUUGACUAUCUAAAUGAAAAUGAACUGAUGGAGAUGGAUACUUUUAUUCACCGCAUUGACUCUACAGAGGUGAUCUACCAACCACGGCGGAAGCGGGCAAAACUGAUAGGAAAAUACUUGAUGGGGGAUCUGCUAGGGGAGGGAUCUUAUGGCAAAGUCAAAGAGAUGCUGGACUCAGAGACACUUUGUCGCAGGGCUGUCAAGAUACUGAAGAAGAAGAAGUUGAGGAGGAUCCCUAAUGGAGAAGCCAAUGUGAAAAAGGAGAUUCAGCUGCUAAGAAGACUCCUACACAAGAAUGUCAUUCAGUUGGUGGAUGUCCUCUACAAUGAAGAGAAACAGAAAAUGUAUAUGGUGAUGGAGUAUUGCGUAUGUGGGAUGCAAGAAAUGCUGGACAGCGUCCCAGAGAAAAGGUUUCCAGUAUUUCAAGCUCACGGGUACUUUUGCCAACUCUUAGAUGGCCUUGAAUAUUUGCACAGCCAGGGAAUAGUUCACAAAGACAUUAAACCAGGGAAUCUGCUGCUGACCACAGACGGGGCACUUAAAAUCUCCGACCUGGGAGUGGCAGAGGCCCUUCACCCAUUUGCAGAGGAUGACACUUGUCGCACCAGUCAAGGCUCUCCGGCCUUUCAGCCUCCAGAGAUUGCUAAUGGACUGGACACCUUUUCAGGGUUUAAAGUAGACAUUUGGUCUGCUGGUAUAACACUAUAUAAUAUCACGACGGGUCUGUAUCCAUUUGAGGGGGACAACAUCUAUAAGCUAUUUGAAAACAUUGGAAAAGGAGACUUCACUAUUCCCGAGGAGUGUGGACCACUCCUGUCGGACCUGCUCCAAGGAAUGCUUGAGUACGAUCCUAUGAAGAGGUUUUCCAUACAGAACAUAAGGCAACACAACUGGGUGCGGAAGAAACAUCCUCCGUCUGAGCCUCCCGUGCCCUUCCCUGCCAGCUCAGAGAGCAGGGACCCUUGGCGGAGUAUGACAGUGGUGCCCUACCUGGAGGACCUACACGGUUACACAGAGGAGGAUGAUGAUGAGCUCUAUGACGGAGAGGAUGAGAUCAUAUACACUCAGGACUUCACAGUGCCAGGACAAGUGAACGAGGAGCAUCGGGAUCAGGGGAACGCAGAUCACAGUCCAGCUGUAGCCAAACCGGUCUGUGUGAACGGGACAGAGGGGGUUUCUCUGAACAGCAAGGCCAAAGCCGAGCGCCGUUCCUCUUCGUCAUCCAACCCCUCGCGCAAAGGAGUCUCCACAGCCAGCAAGAUCCGCAAGCUGUCCACCUGCAAACAGCAAUGACCCCUCCCUCCACUUC